CCGGAAAGCUAACUGACAAGUCGUUCAGUUCCAUAUUUGACGAAAACGAACAAACUCAGUGUCUUUCCAAGUUUUCCACUCUCCCCCUUCUUUUAAGCAAAAAUUUACCAUCUUCUACUCUCGUCUCCAUUUCUCCUCUCUAUCGAUCUCUACAAAGAAAGAAAAGAAAUCCAUGGCCACAUUAGCGGCGGCGGCAGCUCGACAAGCCGUCACUCUCUCCCGAAUCUCCUCUCCCAAGACACCCGCUCAAGCUGCCGCCCUCAUCCACCGCCGCGGCCUCGCUGGUGCUGCAGACCACCAUGGACCACCGAGGAUUAACUGCUGGCAAGAUCCAAUGAGCCCAUCAAAGUGGAAGGAAGAGCAUUUUGUUAUUGUCUCUUUAAGCGGCUGGGGUGUACUCUUCUAUGGGGGUUACAAGUUCUUUACAGGAGGCAAGAGCAAUAAGGAAGAGAAACCAUUGGAAGCAGCACACUGAGGCUUGAAGUGUGUAAUCGCGCCAUGACAUUUCUGGUAAUAAUGUGUUCGGCUGUACUUCACAUGUCAUGGGAUCAAUUUUCCUUGUUUGUAGAUGAUACUACAAAAGUAUUGUGAUUUGUUUUAGUGAUGGAUGAUUAAACUUGGAAGUUAAAUUGCUUAUUUUGGUAAGAAAAUAAGCCCUUUACAUUGGCAUAGCCAUUUUGUUGUCACUCUAAUGGUUUGAUUUUUACUAUAUUCUGAUUAUCACA